AAUCAAAGACUUCACCAAACAAGAGGAGAACUAAAAAAGAAGGGAAUAAUUCUUCCAUCUUUCUUCUGUUUUACUCUAUUUAUUCAUCUUUAUUGACGUAGAUAUGCAAAAUCGUUCGUUGCACCUGCCAUCCCCCUGUUUAUUUUAACUGCGCCUGGUUAAAAAGGGAGGUAGAGUCGGUGGGUUCGUAGAGAGAGGAGAGAGAGAAGGGAGAGGGCAAGAUCUUGGGUUGUUGCUGAAGCUCGUCUCUUCUGCAGCAAUGGCUUCUAAACUUGUGCUGGUCAUCGUUUUCAUCCUUGAUCUCAUUGCCUUCGGCCUUGCUGUAGCUGCAGAACAGAGGCGAACCACUGCUAAAAUUACAGCAGAUCAAGAGAAGGACUACAACUACUGUGUAUAUGACUCGGACAUCUCAACCGGUUUUGGCGUGGGAGCAUUCUUGUUCCUUUUGGCCAGCCAGGUCAUUAUAAUGGUAGCAAGCAAAUGCUUCUGCUGCGGAAGGGCCAUGAACCCUAGUGGCUCCAGGGCUUGUGCAGUCAUGCUCUUCCUAAUCUGCUGGUUGUUCUUCCUUGUGGCGGAGGCCUGCUUGCUGGCGGGUUCGGUGAGGAAUGCCUACCACACCAAGUACAGGAACAAUAGGGCAAUCUUUGGUGCCGACCCUCCGACUUGCCAGACCCUGAGGAAGGGAGUUUUUGCAGCUGGAGCAGCUUUCACUCUCUUUACAGCCAUCGUCUCCGAGUUCUACUACGUUUCCUACUCCAAGGCCAGAGGUGGUGGCUCCAACCAGUAUGGCAGAGAAACUGGAGUUGGGAUGGGAACCUACAAAUGAGUUUAGCUGCUGCAAUGUUGGGAUUUGAUUAAAACCCUUCCCCUGAUACCUUAAAUAUAUGAUGUUCACAUAUGACUCUGCUCUGCUAUAUGGGCUUUCAGAUUGCAUUGAUGUGUUGAUUUAGUUGUUGCCUUGUUGGUAGGUUGUCCAUUCUAAGUCUUAUUCAUGGUUUGUUUCUCCUCCACCACUGUGAUUUGCAAAAUCCUUUUUUUGUGCUCUGUAUUGCAAAGAACUGAUGACUACUAUUCAGCAACGCCUUUCUUUCUAUAUCAAUUUGUUUCUCGCCAGGGUGCUGGUGGGUAAAGCUGCAAAUAUGACUAGCAACUGAUGUUUCAC